AUGCCACCCACUUCGGCCUUCCGACAUACCAGGCAAGCCACAGCUUGCUUACGGUUGCUAGUACCGUCGGCCCAAACAAGGCAUGAUUGUCAAUUGGGAAAUUUAGUCUACAAAGUGUUCAACAUGGCGACCUCGUCCACAGCUGCGGUUCGCGGUUUCAACGCCCAAAGACCUCCCACAACACCGCCCCUCGUCCCAACACAAUCCGCCGACCGCCCCAUAAUUCCGGUUGCAUCGGACCCGGGGUACUCCAUUGGCCGGUUUAUUGACCCCACGUCGCCUUCUGAAAGAAACCUCCGUCCGCCCCUGUUCGUCGCGACAACCCCAAAUGCGUCAGCUGAGGACGCGGAAAAGGCAGGGCAGUUGCGGAUGCUUGGAAUCUUGGCAGACCUGGGGUUUUCCGCUUCAAAUUGA